AUAUCUGUAAAUGGUAAAGUAUAAUUUGUUACCUAUACAAAUUAAGAUUCGAAUGGCGCGGAGCCUGUGCCGCUUGAUUCUUGUGAUUGGCGGUACUGAGUGGGCGAAGCGUUCAGUGAUCCCCCAGUAUUGGCCUGUGUUUGCGUUCCGAUUGGUUUGAACUUCUUUUAUUGCUGACGUGCUGUAUAAUACCAUCGGCUUAUUCGACGUGUGCGCGUGUGUGCGUGUAUGUUCACGAGGAAGCGAUGCGAGUGAGCUGCGCGCACUGCGCAGACGGUGCGUUGCUUUUAAUAGCGUUUACGGUACUGUGUGUGCUACACAAAGUGUAGGAGUUUCAGCUGAUGUCAGCAUUGGUAAAAGUUUGUGAAGACAGUGAAGUAGCCAGUUAAAAUUAAAAAUAUCAACAAAUAAACUUGAGAAAAGGGUAAUGUGUUGAGUUUAAGGAAAAUUGAAAAUACUGGCGCAGACAAUAUUGACUUGAAACUGCUUACUUCUGACGUUUGCUCUAAAUAAUGCCGGCGCCGCAGAUUGAAAAAAUUGUGGAGAUAUAUAGAGCGCUAGCGAAAUUUCCCAGCCCAACAUCCGCGAGAAUUCUGAACAAAAAUAAUCAGUCUCAAUUUUCUGUUGUGUCAUCAUGGACUCAAAGAAAUCUAGAAUAUGGAAAAAUGACAAAAUUUCAAGUGUUUCAUCAUGUGGAUGUAUGCACUAAAAGGUCUUCCAGUGCUUUACCUACUGAUUCUUCAAAUGUAUUGUCGUUUUCGGUUUCUCCAACUGAAGAAAACAGCGCAGUGCUUCGGGAACUGCCUGAUAAUUCAAACAGUACCAAAAAACAGCAAUUUCUAGAAGUAUGGGAGAAAACGCACUUGUUGAAAAAUUAUGAUUUAGGAGCCCUUGAUGUGCAUGGAGAUGUUUAUUCUGAUGCAGAGUUGGGUUCAUUUGAAUGGUCUCCUUGUGAGGAGAAAUUAUUAUACAUAGCAGAAAAGAAGUACCCUAAAUCUGAACCUUUCUACAAGCCUAAAUCUCAAGAAAAGAAAAAUAAUGGGAAUGAAGAUUCAAAGGUGACCAAGGGAAAUGAAUAUCUAUUCAGACAAGACUGGGGUGAACAGCUGUUGGGUAAAUGUGAAUCGGUUAUUGGAAUUUGCAAUUUGAAGACAGAUAUAAUUUCCAUUUUGGAUGGUAUCCCAGAGAAUUUUGUUCCUGGUCAAGUGAUUUGGACUCCGGAUGGAAAUGGAGUGGUUGGUGUUGUAUGGAAUGUUGUACCACGCAAACUGGGAUUAAUCUUUUGUACAAAUAGAGAAAGUUAUAUAUUCCAUUUGACUGUUAAUGGAGAUUUUAGUCUUUUAUCAGCCAAAGGGAAAGCUGUGCGUUCACCUCGCUUUUCUCCUAAUGGAGAAAGGCUUGUGUGGUUAGAAAGGGAUGCAGGGGGUCCCCAUCAUUCUGCUCACCGUUUGAUGUGCCUCUCUUGGGCAACAAAAGAGUCAAGAAUAGUUGUUGAUACAGUAAGUAAGGAAAUACAAAUUCAAGGAGGAGAAUCAUUCUAUGGGCUGUUUAAUCUUUCAUUACCCAAACGCUGUUGGACAGCAAAUUCAAAUGGAAUAGUGCUGAGCACUCCUCAAAAGUAUGCUGUUAAUUCCUUUUUGGUUAGCCUAGAUACAAAUUAUGUAACACCUUUAAAGAUUGAUGAAGGUAGUCUAACAGCUUUGGAUGUGUGGAAUGAUGUUGUAAUAUGUUCGAACAGUUCUUUUAACAAACCUCCUGUUCUCUUGCUUGGGAAAUUGCAAAAUAUCUUGAAGAACAUUGACAAAGAAGAGAGUGCAUCAGUUAAUUGGUUUCAAAUAUCUGAAACCAGGCCAAAUUUCAUUUUGAAAGAAAUUGCAUAUCACUAUCUCACAAUUGUUGAUAAGGAAGAACAAAAUACAUCCUGCAAUACAUUUUCUGCUAUGUAUAUUGGUCCUAAUACUAGUCCACGACCUGGUGAUCUACCUUUGAUAGUCUUACCUCAUGGGGGUCCUCAUUCAUCUAAUUGCAACAUGUUUCUCAUGAAUAUUGCUCUAUUUAAUCUUCUAGGAUUUGGAGUGUUGUUGAUCAAUUAUCGUGGCUCUAUUGGAGCUGGGCAAGAUAAUGUGAACUUCCUUCUUGGUAACAUUGGUGUUACUGAUGUAAAAGAUGUGAGGUUGGCUACUAAAGAAGUGCUUGAGAAGUUUCCAGUCCAUAGUGCAGAUAAAGUUCUACUCUAUGGGGGAUCACAUGGUGGAUUCCUUGUCACUCAUCUUAGUGGCCAGUUUCCUACUGACUACAAAGCUGUAGUUGCUAUAAAUCCUGUGAUUGAUGUGGCUGCCAUGUUCUAUAUAUCUGAUAUUCCAGACUGGUCAUGUGUUGAAGCAAAUGUCCCUUAUAACAUUACUGGAAAUAUCCCUAUUGAAGCAUUUGAGAAAAUGAAGAAGUGCUCUCCUCUUAACUUUUGCUCUCCUUCUUCACCUCCAACUUUGUUACUUAUUGGAAAAAAGGAUGCAAGAGUUCCUGGAAGUCAAGGAAUGGAUUUCUAUUACUCCUUGAAAGCAAACCACGUGAAAACAAAGUUGCUGUUGUACGAUGACAAUCAUAGCUUGAGCCAGGAACUGUGUUUGAAUAUUUGUAUUAACUUGAGUGUUUCCGAAGAUGAUGAUGGCAGCAUUUAUUUACUUGAAGGAAUUUCACAUUUCCCUCGUAAUGAAAACAUGCUGAAGAUUGGAUUUUCUUAAUAUUAUAUUGAGUAUAAAUAUACAAAAUGAACUUUUCAUGUAACAAAAAAGUUUUGAUACGGCCACUUAGCCUUUGGAAGAUAAAGUAAUGGUUCUGCUCUUGUACCAACAACAACUAAAAAAUAUUGUAUGUAUUUACAUUACUGGUAGACUAGAUGAAAUGUUGAGAUACCUUUGUGAAAAAAAGAAAACAAAUUUUUUUCAGAUUUUUAAUACAUAAUAAAGAACUGAAUUUGUACAUUUAUUUUUGUUAAAAAGUUGCUUAUCUGCUUUGUGAAAUUUGUUUUUGGAGUUAUGAAAAAUUUUGUUAUCCCAUUUCUUCUGAUAUCAUCCAAUGUUUGCUUAUUUUAUUAUGACCUGUAUGAGAAGCUAUUACUGAAAUGAUGCAUUUGGUGUUACACAUAGAAUCAUUCUUGUGGCAUCUUUCAAACUGCAGUGUCAAGUCCUUGUAUACUUAUGUCCAACAAGUCUCCAGCCUUUUGCCUUAUGGAACUAUUAUAAAGUGCAUUUUCAUACUAAAGUUUUUUCAUCCAAUUUGCAGGCAUGCCUCCUGCACCUUUCCAACAUACUAAAAAUAAAUAAUUCUUUUAACCAACUUAUAUUA